AUGUUGUUUGGAGUGAAGCUGCAAAAUGAGGUCUUUCCUCCAUGGAAAAACUACUAUAUCGAUUAUGAUCACUUGAAGAGACUUUUGAAGGAAAAUGUUAUUGAAUCCACAGAAAACCUAAAUAAGCCAGGAUCUUCUUCAGCUACUAGUGCAUGGUCCGAAAAAGAUGAGGCAGAAUUUGCAUCUCAAUUGGACUCUGAGUUGGAAAAGGUGUACACUUUCCAAGUUUCGAAGUACAAAGAGCUCGACGAGGAAAUAUCCAAGCUGGAACUUCAAAGCGAAGAGUACUUGAGAAGCGUUUCCGAGAAAAGGACUGCGGAUUUUGAUGCCAAGGCAUUUCAAAAGAAGCUCGAAGAGCUUCUAUGGCUGGCCAAGGAAUUGGAUCAUUUUGCGAGACUGAAUUUUACUGGUUUUAUUAAGAUCGUCAAGAAGCAUGAUAGAUUGCAUAAAGGCUACUCUGUGAAAGCAUUGUUGAACGUGCGAAUGAAGUCGUUGCCCUUGACUAACAUCAGUGAGGACACCUCUCCAUAUCUCUUCAGAAUUUCGACAUUAUACUCUUUUGUUCGAGACCAAAUGGGCUCUAGUUCAUUAUCGACUUCACUUCAAAACUCGAUUCAGAAAUUGUCAUCCUCUGGAAAGAUUUCUACUACUCCGAGUGCCUCGUUGAAUAAUCUAGGUCAAAAGGAUUAUGGAUACAAAGUUCUCAAGUUCUGGAUCCAUCCUGAUAAUUUAAUGGAAAUCAAAACCACUAUUUUGAGACACCUGCCAGUCCUAAUUUAUACCAACCAGAAUGACGAUGAUGAUGAUGAGUACAGUGUGGACCCAAAAAUCACGUCUCUUUAUUUUGAUAACAGACAGUUCGAACUAUACAACAAUAAGCUACUCAAAAACCUGAAUAAAACACCUUCACUUAGGAUAAGAUGGUCAGGCAAACUAAGGGAUAACCCCGAACUCACAAUUGAGAAAAAGAUCUUUGACUAUGACACUGGGACUUCCAAUGAUGUCCGUCUCUCAUUGAAGGAGAAGUAUUUAAAUGAUUUCAUUUUCCAAAAAGAUCCCAAAGAUGAACAAGAGGAUAUGGAGCUUCCAAAUCGCCUUAGGAAUGAUUCCAAUACGAAGCUGACUCUUGACAAGUUUGUCAGAAGGUUGGAAAAGAAGGGUAUUUCAAAGGAAUCGAUUGACAAGCUAUCUUCCAAUUUCAAGGAGUUGCAACAAUUUAUUAGAGAGAAUGAUUUGCAGCCGACCUUGAGAACUGUUCAUACCAGAACUGCCUUCCAAAUGCCAGGUGAUGAUAGGGUUCGAAUUACAAUUGAUUCUGAUAUUUUGUUCAUCAGAGAAGACUCUUUUGACCCUGAUAGACCAAUCAGAAAUCCAAGAGAAUGGCAUAGAAUGGACAUUGAUUCCACAAUUGAUGAUCCAUAUUCACUUCUCAGAAAGGGUGAGUAUGCCAAGUUCCCUUAUUCUGUUAUGGAAAUCAAACUGGCCAACUCGAUUUUCAAUAAUCCUUCGUCCCGAACUCUUGCCUGGAUCAACGAUUUGACUAAUGGGCACCUGGUUAAGGAGGUUCCGAACUUCUCGAAGUUUAUCCAAGGUAUUUCCUCUCUCUUUUUGGAAGAUGACAAUUUGGACAUUCUUCCUUUUUGGCUUCCAGAGCUGGAGAACGACAUUAGGAAAAAUCCCGAGCAAGCUUAUCAAGAUUCAAGAGAGAAGCAGAUAAGACAGCAGCAACAGGAUGAGAUACUAAAGAAUUUGAAAAAGAAAGUUGGGGAAAGUCCUAAUCCUGUGACCAACACCGGAACGGUGCAUUUAGACCAAAUAGUUGAGGAAGAAGAGGAUUUAGAUGACAAUGAGUCUUCCGAUGAGGAGUCUGCCACUGCUCUGAGCCCUUCCGCGAAAUCAACCUCCAAUUUGGUUUCGACCUCAAAUACUUUAAUGACAUCUGGUGCCCCAUCCGAAUCCAAAAGUUUUAUUGAACCUCCAAGAAAGAAAAAGCUAAAUGUUGCUUCCUAUUUCAUACCGGUGUUUUCAAAGGCAUCCAAAUUAGAAGGAUACGAGUCUGAAGAUGAGGAAAUCGUUUUGCCUCCAGGAGUGGUAAAGCCAAAGACUCUUAUCAAGCAAUCCGGUCCAAUCAAAGUGGAAGCCAAAGUUUGGCUUGCUAAUGAGCGUACGUUUGUUCGGUGGCUGCAUAUCACUACCUUGCUUUCAGCAUUGACGUUCACAAUACACUCAUCUGUCUCCUCAUCACACAUCCCGAUUGUCGCUACCAACAUUGCGUACAUUUACUUUGCGCUGACCCUCUUCUCCGGAGUUUGGGCCUAUGCUAUUUACAUGAAGAGGCUGGAGUUGAUCAAGCUCAGAUCCGGAAGACACUUAGAUGGUGUUUUUGGUCCGUUAGUUGUAGCACUGGUGCUUAUUUUCAGCUUGUGUCUUGAAUAUUAUGCUGGAGUGAAAAAGUACAGCGAGAAGCACUCUCUGCUCACCAGUGAGGGCUUCUUUACUACCAAUGAUGAAGCGAAUGCUUUGCAUCCAAUCACAAAGUUCUUAUUACAGAAACUUGUCUCUUUUUGUGGCUCUAUAUAG